ACUACUACGCUGAAUAAGAGAGACCUUGGUAGUUAAAGUGGCGUUGUGAUCUUUUUUCCCGUUGGUAUCAUACGUAUUUGGCCAGAAUGUCCAUAAUGUGUGUCCUCCUAUAAUAACUUGGAGUGGUGGUAGUGCUGGUAGUUAUUCCCGCAGCAGUGUUGGUGGGGGUAGAACAAUUUACCAUUUAGCGACCCCAUAGCCAGCAGCAGUGGUGGACGUGGACGAGUAAAGCACGCCCAAACGAAGCCGUACCCCACCACCACCACCAACUAAUUUCUAUUCAUUUAUUCCACAUUUACUUUCAUUUGUACGUGCACAAGGAGGAAUAAAAUCCAACCAACUACUCACACAAAUUGUGAGGCAUAAUAAAUAUUCGCAAAUAAUAAGUGUUCAAGUGUGUUUGUCAAGUCAUCUCAUCCUCGCUGCUUGGAUUACUUGGAUUGGAUUGAUGAGUAGUUUACUUUGGUCUUUGGUUCGUCUUUUCGUCGACGUAGUUGUCGUCAUCGCUGAUUUUGUGCAGUAUGAAAACCAUUCACUGCUUGCUUCGUCCAGUUUGCAGUUUCAGUUAGUGACUCAGACAGUUUUGUUAAAUGCAGUCGUGGUGCUAUUGCAAGGUGUAAAAAGUGUGGCCUGAUAGAACUCGAGGAGAUUUGUGUGCCAAUAAUCUAGAUAUUUUUCGAAAGAUAAGGGAUAAAGAAUCGAAAACUAUAUUUACUCGGAGUGAACUUAAUCCUACGGAUUUAUUAAUUUGCUGAAUUGAAAGUGAAAGCGGAAUCUCAACUUUUUCCUGAUUUCAACGCCGAGGAGUAAAUAAUAGGAUUACAGAUGUAUGCAUUACGCAUAGGAUGUGAGCCAAGCAUAAACAAAGGAAUCGAAUCGACAUCCUGUUUCCUCUAGAAUUCCACUUUAGAAUUGCACACGUUGUAAAUUUAUUAUACUACAGAAAUCUCGAAAUCUGCGAGUGCAAGAAUUUAACUUUAUUAUUAUUCCACUUCAAAAUUAUGGAAACCUUCGCUUCCACUUCGAUGCCGGUUAUGAACGAUUCGGAGAUUCAGGACCGCGUGUCCUCCUUGGCCGGUCCAAACGCAAGGAUUUUGGAUUGCGAGAAGAAAAGUAGUCUCAUAACGGAAGAAGUCCUUCUACUCAACGGCGUCCCUGUCAGACUCGUCGGCGAGGCUGGGGAACGGAUCAAAGCCGCGUUAAAAGCAGGACAACCACCACCACCAGAAAUACUGUCAGAAAUUCUGAUCCGAUCCGGAAUUCAAACAGUUCCAGUCCAAGUUGAAACGGUCACAACUGUAAAGUCCAACACGAAAACGAGUGAAAUCUCCAGCCUCACAGACUCUCACGGAAUCCUGGUGGACGAAAAGAUGAAAGAAUUCGAAGAGGAUGACGAGUUUGAGAGUACAAAUGUCGAAAUUUGGGAGAAGGAGGCCGCCCCUCCAGGAAUAUUGGAACAGAUGGAGGCAGAAAAGAACAAAAUGUGGGAUUUUUACACGAACGGUACAACCAGUCCGAAACCACCAGGCAAGAAUAAAAAAUCAUCCUCCAUCUUCACAAAUGCAACCGAAAAUUCCGACAAAUUCAAAACCACAAGGACAACAACAAGGGAACCAAAUUAUUACGAAAAUAUGCACCAAGUUCCCAAUAUGACGACGUCAUCUUCGCCCACGGGGUCGUCGUCCAUCUCGUCACCGAGAUCUUCUCCAAGUCCGACGCGUUUCUACCAACGGGUUGAGGAGCCAUGUUACGCCAAUGUGGAGAAGAUCCUCCCACCCCCCACCCUGCCAAGGAUGCGGGCGUCACCAGGUAAAAUGCCCCCUCUCUCGAUCCCAUCCGACCCCAAACUGAGACCUCCAGUACCUCCCAAACCGGCCGGAAUACGAUUAGCAAAAUCCGGCUACGUCGGGAAUUUAAGGACGGAUAAAAACAUUAGUCUUCCCGUUAGAGUUGUGUACGAGACGUUCAUUUAAGUCGAUAAAUAACUAAAUACGAAAUUAUAUAUGUGUUUAUAUAUAUGUAAGCCAUGAAAAAUAUAAUUAUGUAAAUGUCUCAUCUCUAAUUACUUGUGCCACUAAUAAAAAGAGUUGCAGCGCAAGCCGCCGCCGAGUUGCAGCGCAAGCUUUAUCUUCUACAAGAGCUGAAAAAUCCAGUCGAGAUGCGAGUUUUCCUCGUACUUCUGGAUAUAACUGACAUUACUAAACCGUAUAAAAUAAUAAAUAUUCUUCUUCUAUCAAUUUUCAAA